CUCAGGCUCAGGUGAUCCUCCUGCCUGGGUCUCCCAAAGUGCUGGGAUUUCAGGCGCUAGCCACCAUGCCCUGCCGCAGGCUUUCCGAUUCUAAACCAUAGAUUCAAUGAAAUUGUCCUCCAUCCCCUCCAGAGAUGUUUGCCUGGACCCUGUUUUCCUCAGGAUAUCAAUAGUUCAUGAGUUUAGUGAGCAAAGGUCAACCUCCAUCACGCGCAUGCGUCCCUUCCUUUUCCCCUGGAGGAAGAGAGACGCCUCUUUUCCUUCCGCUUUGCCUGUCUUUUGGCCCCGGCGACUCACCAUCGCCCGUGCGGAGGCGAUCGCUAACUGAAAUGAUGGCGACGGGAACGCCAGAUUCUCAAGCGCGGUUCGGUCAGUCCGUGAAGGGGCUUCUCACGGAAAAGGUGACCACCUGUGGUACUGACGUGAUCGCGCUCACCAAGCAGGUGCUGAAGGGCUCCCGGAGCUCCGAGCUGCUAGGUCAGGCAGCUCGAAACAUGGUACUCCAGGAAGAUGCCAUCUUGCACUCAGAAGAUGUAAGAAACAACUUUUUUUUUUUAAAUGAUUUGGGUUUAUGUAUAUGGUUUGUGUGGCCACAGGAGAGUGGAAAUGUUCUAUUUCUCUCUCUCUUUUUUUAUGCAGAGUUUAAGGAAGAUGGCAAUAAUAACAACCCAUCUUCAAUACCAGCAAGAAGCUAUUCAGAAGAAGUAAGUAACCCCAAAGGUAGAGGAGUAGGGAACCAACUGAAGCAAGCUGGGGGGAAUUAUACUGCUGGGUCCAGAAUCAAUACAAAACUCUGGUUGACAUAUGCCCUCAAAUUGAAAUAUGCUCUGGGAUACUCACUUGGGAUUUAAAGAAUACAGCAUAUUUCAAAGGUGUGUAGUAACUCAACUCACUGCUAUUAAUAGUAAAACUUUCUAAAAGUUACGGGGUUUAGAGACCAUCCUUAAGGAGUAGAAAACCUUUCACAUUGGUAAUAUUCAUUAAGCAGAGUAAACGUGCAAAAAACAUUAAACAGCCUUGUUUUCUAAAAUGGAUUAAAUUUGUCCCUUGCAAUAUUGUUUACAUUACUAAUUGGCUUUGCAAACCUUUCUUCAGAGCUUAAACACUUCUGGGACCCAACUGGACCAAUAUAAAUUUUGAUUUACAUGCAACAGUAUUUAUGCAUUAAAGUACAGAUAGCUUGUACAGGACAGGUGUAGUGGCUGGCUCCUGCCUGUAAUUCCAGGACUUUGGAAGGCUGAGGCUGGAGGAUUGCUUGAGCCCAGAGUUUGAGAUUGCCCUGUGCAGCAUAGUGAGACCCUGUCUGUAAUGAAAAAAAAAUUUUGUAAAUAGUUGUACAAAGAUGUCUUUAUUAUUGCUCAUUUCAGAUAAACCCUGUCUGUAUUCUAAUUUCUAGUGUUGAACAGUCAUCAGAUCUACAGGACCAGUUGAAUCAUCUGUUGAAAUAGAAUGACAUAUAAGAGUGCUGUAGCACUCCUUUGCCUAAUGCUGAGGACUAAAUACCUUACACAGCUGUCCUCUGGGUUUUGUUUUCUAUUUUCUUCUCCAAAAGUUAAGUUAGAAAAGUUCUGUGUUGAUGUACAGUUUCUCCUAAGAGGAAGUGAGGUGGUUGAAUUUUGGAAGCACUUCUUGAACUGGAUUAACCCAUGCUCUUAUUGAAUUCUUUCAUCUGCUCUGUUUAGUUUGAUAUUAAAGCAAAAUUAAAAGAGGUCUUAGUUUUUCCCAUAGAACUUUUAAUGUGUCAAAAGCUAUAUUGUCUAAAUUGCAGUACUUAAGCAAAUAACUGAGUAGUGUAUUUAAAUUUAAAUUCAGAAAUAGAGCUUCUAUUAUGAACACAUGAGAAUGAUUUUUUCUCUUAAUCAUUAUUAAGGAAAUAUUUUAAUUUCAUGGUCAUAUAAUGGUGAUAAGUAAUACCUGAUUGUUUCCUUUUCUGUUCUAGUAACUCAGAGGAGAUAUGUGUUUUAUUUGUGAUAGCAAAUUCCUAAAUGAACGUUAGGCAAGUGGUAUCAUUAUCAGGCCAGCUGCAGCCUCUUGCCUUGACCUGCAUUCCUAGAAUUUCUUUGCUGCUGUAAUUCUUGAUUAAGUGACCUUGACUUUCAUUUUGUAAUUUUGCUAAUCAUCAGCAAAUUCACUUGCAUGACGUUACUGCCAAAUAUGAAGGCAGUUGAAUUAUUAUGAGUGAUUGUGGAAGAGGGUUGUGCCAUGGUGAAAACUUUGAUGUUUGUCUGUGUUCAUUGGAUCCAUCUUUUUAAAUGACAUUACCAUGAGUCUGUUGUUAAACCUAAAUAUCUUUGUUUGAAUUUAAAAUGGGACUCUAAAUUGUUCUAGUUCAGGUCUUCAUUGACUAAGAGAUUGAGAGAAAUCUGACAUAAGAAAAUACUGUUUUCACUGCAGGAACAAAGAGGAAGUAACAGUGAAUCCAAUAUAGUUCAUAUUGUUAUUGUCCAAUCAUCAAGUUAACUAAGCAUAUCAGAUUACAUUUAUUUCUCAUACAUACGGAUAUUAACUUAAGGUAAAAAAAGCUAGAUGUGAAGGAUCUGAAAAGGCAUUAAUUUAUGCACUAAUUCUAUAAACAUGUAUUAAUAAUUGCAGUAUUAUUAAAUACAGAUGGACUCAAUUUACCUUUGAAAAGAAAGACCACUAAUUUAGAAAACAAAGCUAAGUGCAGUCAUUACAAGAAGCAAAGAAAUACUUAAGUUAGAAAAAAAUUAAAAUGAAGGGAUGGUCUAAGUUUUCUUCAUGCUGGAACAAAUAUUAAAGAAGCAGCGAUUGCUUACAUCGUAUGUGAUAAAAUAAUACCUUUCACAAUCAAAAUUUUAAUAGUAAAUAUAAGAUAAAAUUUAUAUUAAAUAAUGAAAACGUAUUUGUACUGAAUUUAGUUACUAGGGAACAUCGUAACAAAAUACAUGAAAGAAAAGUAGCCAGAAAUGUGAGAACAGGUGGAAAUGUAUACAUUAUUUGAUGGUUUGUUUUUUUAUGGAAAUAAACAACAUACAUAGAAUUAAA